AGGUCCUGUCAUUUUAAUUUUCAAAUCACACAUUUCAUUAUUACAUUUCAAUGGGGUUUUUGCCGAACAAAAAAUCAAGAUGUACCUGGACAAGAUACGCAGACCCUUCAACAUCACCUCAUACAAAAAGUGAAUGGCCACCGAAACGGAACAAGGUAUGCGACAACAUAUUAGACGCCAUAGGAAAUACACCCUUAGUAAAACUUAAUAAAAUACCUCAGUCGGAGGGUCUCAAGUGUGAAGUUUACGCCAAAUGUGAAUUUAUGAAUCCAGGGUUUUCAAUUAAAGAUCGAGUAGCAUUAAGAGCAAUUACAGAUGGAGAAAUUGACGGAACAUUAACAACAGAUUCUAUUAUUGUUGAACCUUCUUCUGGAAAUACUGGAGUUGCUAUAGCCUUGGUUGCUACCAUCAAAGGAUAUAAUUGCACGAUUGUAAUGCCCAAAAAGACUUCACCGGAAAAGGUCGCUUUGAUAAAAGCUUUGGGAGGCCAAAUAGCGUUCACUCCCAAUAAUGUGAAUAUAGACUCAGAGGAUUCAAUCUUUGGCAGAACACAAAAAAUUCUGCAAGAAAAUCAAGAAGCUGUUACAAUUGAUCAGUUUAGCAAUGCAAGUAACCCAUUGGCACAUUAUGAUUUAACAGCCGAGGAAAUAUGGGAAGCACUAGACGGUGAUGUCCAUAUGGUUGUUUGUGGAUGCGGAACUGGUGGAACUAUAACAGGGAUUGGCCGAAAACUAAAGGAAAGAAACGAGGAAAUUACAAUAAUAGCGGUUGAUCCUUUGGCCUCCGAUAUGGCCCGACCAGAAUAUCUUAAUCGGGGUAGCAUAACGACUUCAGAAAUUGAGGGAAUCGGUUUCAAAAGCUUAACUCCAACGAAUUUAGACAGAUCAGUUAUCGACAAGUGGGUCAAAGUUAGUGAUAAAGAGGCUUUUGUAAUGGCGAGACGACUUGCGAAGGAAGAAGGAAUAUUCGGGGGUGGUACCAGCGGUGCCAAUUUGAGUGCUUGUCUUAAUGUUGCCAAGGAAUUUGACGAAACUAAAAAAGUUGUAGUCAUUUUUCCAGACAGCAUAAAAUAUUACCUUACUAGAUUUGUACAGGAUCCUUGGAUGGAAAUUAGACAAUAUCAAUUAUGUGUUAAUAAACAGAAGACUUGGUGGUGGAAUUUUAGUUUGAAAAACAUGCAUAUGUCUCCUGUUACCUCGCUUAAAUCUACAACUUCCUGUCACAGAGUCUUACACGAGUUUCGCAAGCAAAUGUCGAAUUUUAUAUCAAUUGUUAACGAAGAAGGUCAUUGUCUUGGUGUAGCUUCAAGAUAUCUUCUUGAAAUUGAUUUAAUAUUAGAGAAAAUAAAAGAAACUGAUCCCAUUGAAAUGACAAUGCUUACUGUUGAUAUACCUAAAGUUCCUGACAAUACAACAUUAGGUGUAGUAUCCAGAGCAUUAGAACUUAGUGACUAUUGUCUGGUUUGUAAAAAAAUAUAUCAACCAAAUGGUAGUUACAUUGAAAUUCCAAUAUCUAUGUUAACACCCUUUGAUGUUGUACAUUACCUUGCUAACCAUCCAGAUAUAACAAAAUAUGGAGCCAUUUAAUUUGUAACUAAUGUCAUAAUAAAUAUAACAUCCACUAACUUUUA